AAUCAUGAUUCAUUUGACGAAGUUGAAUAUAUGGACACACAGCCUCCAAAGGGUAAUGCAUAUCACCUGGACUCAGAUGACUCGUUCAACGAUGAAGCAUUUGAGAUCAUACCAGUUCAACAACGUGUCAUCAGCGGAGAGAGGCAUGAUAUGCACGGUCAGUUCCGAGGUUUUCUCAAAGACGACGGAGAUGAAUUUGAAGAUGAGGUCGCCUCACUUGGCCAACAGCUUCGCGAUGAGAUGUACAAUACACUGAAGGAGAAGUUUGGCUUCAAUUCGUUCCGUCACCGUCAAAAAACAGCGAUCACAGCCAUUCUUCUGGGAUAUGACGCAUUUGUGCUCAUGCCGACAGGUGCUGGAAAAAGUUUGUGCUACCAGCUGCCAGCAGUAAUGUCGCAGGGCGUGACAAUAGUAGUGUCGCCACUAAAGUCACUCAUCGAAGACCAACGUUCGAAAAUGAGAGACCUUGCGAUUCCAUGUGAAGCUUUGACGUCUGAUCAAAACGAUGGCGACCAGUCAAUUAUUUACAAUCGUCUUAUGUCUUCACCUCCAGACAUCAAAUUACUCUAUGUUACACCAGAAAAAAUCAGCGCUUCUGGACGACUAGCCUCGGUUUUCGCUAGUUUGCAUCGCCGAAAUUUCCUAACACGUUUUGUCAUAGAUGAAGCUCAUUGUGUCUCACAAUGGGGUCACGACUUCCGUCCUGAUUAUACGAAGCUGCAGUCGCUUAGAAGGGAUUAUGCGCAACCGAAGGUACCUAUCAUUGCGCUUACGGCAACAGCUACUCCCAAGAUUGUUGCUGAUACCAAGGAUCAUCUAGGCAUUGCGAACUCGAAAUUGUGA